AUGAUAGCAACCACCCUGAUGACUUUCUUAUUAACUACCACUCCCGAUAUUCGAUCGGUCAAGCUGCUGGGAUCAUGGGACAACUUCUCGAAGCCAUAUGCGAUGGAAAGGGACAAGCGAAUGGGAGCAGGCCACUGGCGGGGAUGCCAUACAUUCAUGGAUACAAUGGGUGACGGACCUGAUAAGAAUCACUGGCGUGCGGGUGGACUCAAAAUGGGUGCUACUUAUUGGUACUUUUAUUUGUUGAACGACGACGUGGAAUUCUAUAGCGAGGCUGAGCCCGUGACUACGAAAUGUCCUCUUCUGCCAGGCCAACCAUUGAACGUACUAAAUGUUCCCAUCAUCCUACCCGAUAGUCGCGCCCACGGUCGCUCCAACAGUGGCAGCUCACAAAAAGAAGACUAUCGUACGAUGAACCCAGAAGACAAAUUCAUGAAUCCGCGCAAGCCGCCAAAGCCCGAUCUGGCUCGUCUUCAAACUUCGAUUCCCAGCCCCGAUCAGGACUCCUCAAAUACUCCCAGCACCUCUCCCUUUGGUGGUUUAAUUCACCGAAGUAUCUCUCAGCCCAAUAGUGCUAGGAGGUACAACCAGUCUAACGACGGACGAUCUAAGUCUCCUCCACGGGGUCUUGGACUUCGUCAUGCCUUGACCCAGAAGCGUUCAGGGCCUUCACCAAGGGCGAAUGCCUACGCCUUUCCCGAACCUCCGCGCCGGGAGAAUCUUGUUGUUAACGAGCACCGUAACGUUCCCGGUAUCUGCGUCAACUCUGGUCCAGUCUCUCCAUCCGCGAAGCAUACCGAAGGUCCCGCUGCAUCUACCAUUCAAGACCGUCGUGCGCUCAAGGCAACCGGUGGGAAUGCUGGUCAAUCUCGAAAUCUACUAACGGUGGAUACUCGAACUCAAAAGCACAAGCCCAGUGUCGCCAAGUCCGCGGGUAAUAGCUCCAACCCGAGUUCUACCGACAGUCAACGUGCUAUGAAAGAUACCCAGGCCUUCUCACAUACCAGGAAUGGCUCUGAUGACAUGACUCCAACCGGACCUGAUGUCAAUGAUAAGAGGCUUCCUAGUCUCCCCAAUACGCCUUCCUCUGUCAUGGACGAAGCUGUGCGCGCUAUAGACGAGAAAGAUCGAGCCUUAGAAGCUCAAGUCUUGCAUAGUCAUUUCUCUAGCAUGACUGCAGACGAGUCUACAACCUCUCGGUUCGUGGCCGAGCACAGCCGCUUUUCAGAAUGGAGCACAGAUACAGAGACAACAGAGGACAAUUCACCCGAGUCAAUGGUCUCUAACUCAACAUUCCCCAUUGAGAGUUACGACUCCCCAGCCCCAGAAGAAUGGACAACGCCCGAUCUGUCGUCUAAUGACACAGCCACAAAUACCGACCCCAACACCCCACAUCUUACCGUUCACUCCAAACCAUCAUCUCCUAAUUCGGCAUCCGGCGAUAUCCCCUGGCUACCGCAGCUCACCGUCUCCAUGUCAGACGAUCGUUUCUCUGGAUCUGGUCUUGGCAUCGAUCAGAUGGACGAGGUGGAAAGAAACCCAAAGCGUCAUGCAGCACUAUUCAGCGCUUUGGAAUCAAUGGAAGCUCUCUCUCUCGCACAGAGCCGUGGCGGAUCACCAAUUCUUGUCCAGGAGAAUGACAGUCACGAAUCCGGCGCACAGUCUCGGCGAAGCGAUGCUUCCUCGUUCCGGGGGAAGGCUACCAUGCAGGAGAUGAUGGAUGAACUCACUUACCUGAAGAAUAUGAUACAGGCUGAGAUGGACGGAGAACCUUUUUAA